AUGGAUGAAUCAGUUCGAAAUUUGGCAGUGCUUGAGAAGCAACGGCAAGCUGUGCGCCUGAAAAAAAUCGCUUUUUUUGGAGUUGCCAUUAGUACUGCUGCGACAGUAUGCAGUGUGAUUGUAAUACCUCUCCUGUACUAUUAUAUCCAAGUGAUACAAACAACACUUACCGAUGAGGUCGAAUUUUGCCGACAGCGCUCUGGCAGAAUGUGGCAGGAAUUUAUUUUCACUGAAGAGACACUCGGUCUAAGACAACGACGCUUUCGGCGUGGUCGACGUCAAACAAGCCCAGAGUACUACGUAGCAACCGCAAAAGAGGAACUGGCAACAGCAAGUCUUUCCUAUGAUCAGCCUGAUUUUCUGCCUGCAUCGCCGGGUGUGCAUCCUCCAGCUCCAGAGCCUGAAUGCUGCAGUUGCGGAAUUGGCGAAGCUGGACCAGUAGGCCGACCGGGAAUUCCCGGGGAUCCAGGACUGCCCGGACCGGCUGGUCCAGCUGGAAGACCUGGAGUCCGGGGCAGCCCCGGCGUGAAGGGACGAAAAGGCGCACCCGGUGAAGUCCACGACAUGCCUGGCAGGAAGGGAAUGCCCGGACAGCGUGGUGCACCAGGUCGACCAGGUCCUGACGGGCCGAAUGGAGAUGAUGGGCAAGAUGGACUGCAAGGGCCUCCAGGUCCACAGUAUUCGUUUGAUAUCUAA